AUGACUACCAGUGAUUCAACAAAAUCAUUCGCAGCAGCUGCCAGCGCAGGAGUUGCAAAAGGAACAGCAGGAUCAGGUCAAACGAAUGACGUAGGAUUCAAAACACGACAACGACCAGAUGCAAUCCGAAAUUCGAACAUCGUUGCUGCAAAAGCCGUUGCUGAUGCUGUGCGAACAAGUUUAGGACCACGUGGCAUGGACAAAAUGAUUCAAACAGGUAAUGGUGAAGUAACAAUUACGAAUGAUGGUGCUACGAUCCUUAAACAAAUGUCGGUUAUACAUCCUGCUGCAAAAAUGCUGGUUGAAUUAUCUAAAGCACAAGAUAUCGAAGCAGGCGAUGGUACAACAACUGUUGUUGUUCUUGCUGGUAGCCUACUCGACGCCGCCAGUCGUCUCGUAUCUAAAGGUCUCCAUCCAACAGCUAUUGCUGAUGCAUUUGAAAAAGCAGCUGACAAAGCAACGGAAAUCCUCAAGGGUAUUAGCAUACCUAUAGAGCUUAGCGAUAAUGAUUCGUUACAGCGAAGUGCAUCAACAUCGUUGAAUUCUAAAGUUGUCUCACAACAUACUCAUCUUCUCGCUCCUAUUGCUGUCCAAGCUGUUCUGAAAGUCAUCAAUCCAGCUGUUGACAACAAUGUCGAUCUUCGUGAUAUUCGUAUCGUUAAGAAAUUAGGUGGUACUAUUGAAGAUACUGAACUGGUUGAAGGUCUCGUUCUCGAUCAAAAAACUAUUGGUUUCGGUGCACCAACACGUAUUGAAAAAGCUAAAAUUGCUCUGAUUCAAUUUUGCAUUUCACCGCCAAAAACUGAUAUGGAAAAUACCGUCAUUAUCAGUGAUCAUGCUCAAAUGGAUCGCGUGAUCAAAGAAGAACGACAAUAUAUUCUGAACAUAAUUAAACAGAUCAAAAAGACCAACUGCAAUGUCUUGUUAAUUCAAAAAUCCAUCUUGCGUGAUGCAAUUAGCGAUUUGGCUAUCCAUUAUCUAGCUAAAAUGAAGAUCUUAAUCGUCAAAGACGUCGAGCGUGAAGACGUGCCAUUCAUUGCAAAGACUCUCGGUUGUAAACCAAUUGCAAGUUUAGAUCAUUUCCAACAGGAUAUGUUAGGUACAGCUGAUCUUGUUGAAGAAAUCACCGCUGGUUCCGAUAAAAUCGUUAAGAUUACGGGUGUUGCCCAUCCAGGUCAUACAGUAUCAAUUUUAUUACGUGGUUCAAAUAAAUUGGUACUUGAAGAAGCUGAUCGCUCUAUUCAUGAUGCUCUUUGCGUGAUUCGUUGUCUUGUAAAAGAACGCGCGUUAAUUGCCGGUGGUGCCGCACCUGAGAUAGAAUUGUCUGUUCGCUUAGCAGAAUAUGCCCAAAGUCUAUCAGGUGUUCACCAAUAUUGCAUUCGAGCGUUUGCCGAAGCUCUUGAGGUUAUUCCGUAUACGUUAGCGGAAAAUGCUGGAUUAAAUCCGAUUGCCACCGUUACAGAAUUAAGAAAUCGCCAUGCACAAAACGAUACAAAUGCUGGUAUUAAUGUUCGAAAGGGUCUUAUCUCGAAUAUUCUCGAAGAAAACGUUGUUCAGCCAUUAUUGGUUUCUGUCAGCGCUAUUCGUUUAGCUACCGAAACAGUUCGAUCAAUUUUAAAGAUUGACGAUAUAAUCGAAACAAUGUAA